GCCCAAGCGGAAACACGUCAUCGCGUAUGGAGGGAUACUGUACGCCUUCAAAAUAAAAGCCCGUACGUUAGCGAGAGAUAGAUAGAGCUACAGCAGCAUUUAUAUAUACAGCCCCGGCCGUUUGGGAGCAUCCUGACGUCUUCUCGGAGCACAAAGUGAAAACGCAUCUCCUCCUCGCGCGCUCCAAAGCCCCCACGGAUCCACUGGGCCGGGCUCCUCUCACCUCUGACGCCUUCAGGGAAAACGCAUCAGCACCACCACCGGAGGGCCGUCGGGCCAGCCAGGACGGCCGGGAUCCAACCAGCACACCUAGCAGCUGCCUGAACUGACCUUUGACCUCUGACCUUCGACCGGUGCAGAACAACAGGACUCGUCAUCGUCGUCUUCAUCAUGACUGAUCGAACCAGAAUCUGAAAGAUGACAGAGAGCCGGAGGAGGAGGGAGCCGAGAGACGCCGGACGGGAACACAACUAGGACAAAAAGGAUGUGAACGGGACCUUUUGUUCUUCUUCAUGUGCUGCUCAUUAAACCACGCGUCAACGUAACAAACAUUUCAACCCGGCACACAAACAAACAAACAAAAACAACUUCCGGCUUCCUCAGAAGAAACCCAGCGACGUGAGAGCAGGACGGCAGCGACGAUCCACGCUCACCGACCGCCACGAUUGUCUCUCGCUGACGGAAACCGGCGUUUUGUUUUUGUAAAUACGGAGUUUAAAAAUCAAAGGCAGCAAAUGAGAUUGUGUCCAAUCGCGACAACGAAAACCAAACGGCGACUCCACGCGACUGUACGUCGAAAAACAACCGAACCGCACGUCGGAAUAAAAGAAAACAACGAGCCGGUCCGAGGGACGUUUUUGGUCGUCGGGAAUCGCAGCAGAGUGAGACCUCGCGAUGACUCACCUCCACGCCGGCCUGAGCUCGGACACGACGGAGAAGGCUCGCCUGGAGCUGAACGAGAACCCCGACACGCUGCACCAGGACAUCCAGCAGGUGCGGGACAUGAUCGUGUCGCGGCCCGACAUCGGUUUCCUGCGGACGGACGACGACUUCAUCCUCCGCUUCCUGAGAGCCAGGAAGUUCGACCAGACGGAGACCUUCAGGCUGCUGGCCCAGUACUUCCAGUUCAGACAGCAGAACCUGGACAUGUUCCAGAGCUUCAAGGUGGACGACCCCGGUAUCAAGCGAGCGUUGAUGGACGGUUUCCCCGGCGUGUUGGAGACUCCAGACCAACACGGGAGAAAGAUCCUCAUCCUGUUCGCCUCCAACUGGGAUCAGAGCAGGAACUCCUUCACAGACAUCCUUCGGGCGAUCCUCCUCUCUCUGGAGGUUCUGAUUGAGAACCCGGAGCUCCAGAUCAACGGUUUCGUCCUCAUCAUCGAUUGGAGCAACUUCUCCUUCAAACAGGCGUCGAAGCUCACGCCCAACAUCCUGAAGCUGGCCAUCGAGGGCCUGCAGGACAGUUUCCCGGCCCGGUUUGGAGGCAUCCACUUUGUGAACCAGCCGUGGUACAUCCACGCCAUGUACACCAUCAUCAAGCCCUUCCUGAAGGACAAGACCAGGAAACGGAUCUUCCUCCAUGGUAACAACCUGAACUCGCUGCACCUCCUCCUCCAGCCUGAGUUCCUCCCCUCAGAGUUUGGGGGAACGCUCCCUCCGUACGACGUGGGCAUCUGGGCCCGGACGCUGCUCGGCCCCGACUACAGCGACGAGACGGAGUACCUGCUCACCUACGAGGCCCUGCACGUGAGGGGGGACAAGGAGGCCAUGAGGAGGUCUCAGUCGGUGGUGGAACCAGAAACUCUGAGACAAACAGACAGAGAGACCAGCACCCCACUGCUAGCUCUGGACUGAAGACACACACACAUACACACUAGAACCAUCACACACACACACACACUAGAACCAUCACACA